AUGCAAUCUCAUGCAGGAUUUCUGCAGCACUUGGACAAAAUCAAAUCUGCUCAUACCAAAACAGCACGCAAAACAGUCAUGCAACAUUAUGGGAUCAAUGCACAACCAAUCUUUUUGCACCUCAAAUCUAUUGACCUAUCUUCUUGUGCACCCUACAACAUCAUGCAUCUAUUUUUCGAAAAUCUUGUUCCCAAUCUCAUCUUGUUCUGGACUGGUCAAUUUAAAGGGCUGGAUCAAGGCAAUGGAAGGUUCAAAAUUCCUCCCAAGCUCUGGGUCAUUAUUGGACUUGAGACUGCCAAAGCCCUUUGUCUGAUCCCUGCGGACUUUGUUGGCGCGCUUCCAGAUAUUGCGCAAGAUGGGCACCUUUACAAAGCCAAGGCAUAUUCAUUUUGGAUACAAUACGUAGCCCCAAUUGUACUGAAGGGGCGACUCUGCAAUCCAUACUAUAAGCACAUGCUUCUACUCCAAGAGAUUAUUAUACUCUGUCUGGAGAUGGAAAUCACGCACAACCAGAUCAAUGAGCUGGAGAACAUGAUCAAGACAUGGGUUUCCCAAUACAAGAAAGUUACAGGCCCAACAAUUAUCCUUGGUAUCCCAAUCAGGAAAAAUGUUCAAUACACCACGCAACUCCAAAACCAGCUCACCAAAUACUUUGGCCCAGUAUACCCCAAGUUGAGUGCUGAGGAGCUGAAAAACGGAAUCAAUCAUGAUUCCGUUGUCCGCUACGGACGUUUUUGCAUGGCUGAUGAUGGGGAUUGUAUACAAACAUCUGCCUUGAUUCCAGCCAAAGAUACAAUAGCGCGUGACAAUUCAUUUGUAAGGUAUUCAUUAUUUCCCAAUGCAAAUGCUGCGUUCCACAAUUGCCGAGAUGUCCCAGUUCAAGAAGUACUUUAUGGGCAAGUACACAAUAUAUAUUUUGUCAUCUUUGUAGAACCACAAAAGAAAAAGAACAAUUCAGGGAACGGCAAGGACAAAGACAAAGACAAAGACAAAGACAAAGAUAAAGACAAAGACAAAGACGGGGAUUUUGAUGAAUGCCAACAAAAAAGAAAACCAUACCUGUUGGCAUUCAUUGAGCCUUGUGACACUGGAGGCCUUGAUGCAACUAAACCAGAAACUCCUGUAGUUAAAUAUUGGCGCAUGCUGACCCCCCACAUGGUCCACAUCCAUACAAUUGAGGCGGUUGUUGGGCGAGUUCCUCAGGGGGACUCCUGGGCCAUUAUUGAUUGUAGUCGUAAUGGGGCUUGCACAGUGUUUGUUGACAAGGAUUGA